AUGACCUGCUGUCACAAAGUGAUGCUGCUGCUGGACACCGCGGGCUGCGCCGAUCGCCACAGCCCGGUGCGGCGGGUCGCCCUGCGCCUACUCACUUACCUGAGUUGCCGAUUUGGCCUGGCCGGGGUCCACUGGGCCUUCAAGUUCUUUGACUCGCAGGGGGCGCGGAGCCGGCCCUCACGCGGGUCCGACUUCCGCGAGUUAGGAACCCGCUCCUGGGAGGACUUUGAGGAGGAGCUCGAGGCCCGGCUUGGGGAUCGUGUUCACGGUGCCCACCUGCCCGGCCCGGCUUCCAGGGCAACUCACACUCACAGUGCCCUGAUGGAGACCCUGCUAGACUACCAGUGGGACCGGCCCGAGAUCACGUCGCCCACGAAACCUAUUCUGCGGAGCAGCGGGAGGAGAUUGCUGGACGCAGAGAGCGAGGCCAAGGAGGCCGAGGCCGCGCUCGGGGGCUUUGUGAAUGCUGUUUUCCUACUGGCCCCCUGUCCGCACUCGCAGAGAGAGCUCCUUCAGUUCGUGUCUGGGUGCGAGGCCCAGGCCCAGCGCUUGCCGCCCACUCCCAAGCAGGUGAUGGAGAAGUUGUUGCCCAAGAGAGUCCAGGAGGUCAUGAUCACCCGAAAAAUCACUUUGUACUGGGUGGAUACUACCGAAUGGUCUAAGUUGUGGGAAUCCCCAGACCAUGUUGGGUACUGGACAGUUUGUGAACUGCUCUACUGUGCAGGAGGCACCAUCUUGCCAUCUGAAACUUUCAGCUGGGGUUUUACUAAAUUCCGGGAAACAAUGACCAGUGUUGAAAGAAAAAUGUCAACUGAACCUCACCUUUCUCCAUGGAUUUCAACUCUGCCAACUGAUGCCACUUUAAAUUGUUUGCUUUAUAAUUCUUCUGAGUAUGAAGCCUCAUUUCCACGGACAGAAGGAACAUUAUUUCUUCCUGUUAAAGGUAAAGAGAUUCAAGAAACAUGGACAGUCACACUAGAGCCCUUGGCCAUGAAUCAGAGACGUUUUCAGAAACCAGUCAGAAUUUUUUUAAAAGGAUCGGUAGCUCAUUGGUCUGUCCCAGUGAGUGGCACUUUAGACACCGAAAGCUGGAUGCUACAAGGUCCAGAAGAGAACAUGUCAACUCAAAGGCAGUUAUUUCAGCAGCUGGUAAGCAGGCUGACUGCUGAGGAGUUACAUCUGGUUGCCAAUGUGGACCCUGGUGAAGGUUGGCCCCCUAUCACUGGAAUUAUUUCACCUCUGUCUGCCAAUGCUACAAUUCUCACUGUGUUCAGCAUCAAGGAGGCUGAAUUUCAAAGACAUUUUCUCCAAACAGCUGUGGCUGGAGGCCACCAGGAUACAGCUUCCCUUUUCUCAGAGAUUAUGGAUGAUGUAUUGAAUCAGAUUCAUAAUUCAUUUGAAGAUCCUGCUUCUGCUCCCCCUGUUCCUGAGUGGGCCCAGCAGGAGCUUGGCCGAACCAUUCCCUGGAGUCCAGCUGUUGUAGAAAAGUGGUUUCCUUUCUCUAACAUCAGUGGUGCCAGUUCAAACUUGAUGGAGUCAUUUUGGUUACUACAAGCUACUUCAGCUAAUAAGGAAGAGUUUUCUAAAACUGAGAGUGAAUUAACACGUUGCCUCUCUGAGCACUACCAGAGAAAAUCUCGUGAAGAAUCUACUGUAGCUAAUCAAGAAGACAGCAAAAAGAAACGUGGUAUUCCUCGCACUCCAGUGAGACAGAAGAUGAAUACCAUGUGCCGUUCCCUGAAGAUGUUGAACGUUGCAAGGCUGAAUGUAAAGGCUCAGAAGUUACAUCCAGAUGGCAGUCCAGAUGUGGCUGGAGAGAAGGGGGUCCAAAAGAUAGCCAGUGGAAGAACAGCAGAUAAACUGGAAGACAAAGGAAGAACAUUAAGAAGUUCUAAACCUAAAGAUUUUAAAACUGAGGAAGAGCUGCUAUCUUACAUACGUGAGAAUUACCAAAAGACUGUGGCCACAGAAGAAAGCAUGUUAUAUUCAUGUGCUCGGAACAUGAUCUCAACCAUUAAAAUGUUUCUAAAAUCCAAAGGAACUAAGGAAUUAGAAGUGAGCUGUCUGAAUUAUGUAAAAAGUAACCUCUUAAAAACAAGUAAAAGUCUUCGACAAAAUGCAGGGAAAAAACUGGAUAAAGAGGACAAAGUCAGAGAGUGUCAGCUUCAGGUAUUUCUUCAUCUGGAGAUGUGUCUGCAGUGCCCUUUGAUACUGGAAAGUGCAGAUGAGACGGACCAAGUAGUGGAGGAGGUGACAAAUUUGCUGCGCAUGGUGUGUGUGACUGAAGAUCCAGCUUACCUAGCCAAGUUUCUGGAGGAGAUUUUGAGAUUGUAUGUCGACUCCAUCCCAAAGAUACUUGGAAAUCUUUACAACAGCCUCGGGUUUCUGAUUCCUCAGAAGUUGGCUAGUGUCCUUCCUACAGAUUUUUUCAGUGAUGACUCCAUGACACAAGAGAGCAAAUCACCACUUCUUCCCAUGCCUCUCUCAUCCAGUGCUCACCAAUCAGUGUCUGGUGGCACUGAAUCUGACCAACUGGAGGAGCUCCGUACCAGAUCAGCAAAGAAGAGAAGGAAAAAUGCACUAAUAAGACAUAAAAGUAUUGCAGAGGUUUCACAGAAUCUUCGACAAAUUGAAGUUCCCAGAGUGUCCAAGAGAACUACAAAAAAAGAGAACUUUCACCCUGCCCCCCAGCAGCCUGGACUCCCAGGGAAGGACACAGUACAAGAAGUGACCAAAGUUCGAAGAAAUCUCUUCAACGAGGCAAUGUUUUCUCCUUCAAAGAGAUCACUAAAACGGGGAUUGCCUAGAAGCCAUUCCGUAUCAAUUGUGGAAGGUCUGGACCGUAAACUCGACAACUUCAAAAAGACCAACAAAAGUACCACAUUUCAGGGUUAUCACAAACUGCUGACUAAGAGUGUGGCUGAGACUCCAGUACAUAAGCAAGUCUCCAAGAGACUACUUCAUAGACAAAUCAAGGGCAGGUCUUCUGAUCCUGGUCCUAAUAUUGAUGUUGUAGAAGAGUCUCCUAUAAAAGGAGAAGAUGAAAUAAGUUUGAGACGAAGUCCUCGAAUCAAGCAGUUGUCAUUUAGCAGAACAAAUUCUGGUUCCUUCUACUCUGUAUCUCAGCCAAAGUCUCGAAGUGUGCAAAGAGUUCACUCCUUCCAUCAAGACAAGUCAGGCCAAAGAGAAAAUUCUCCAGCCCAAAGUAUUCGGUCUCCAAAGAGGCUUUUCUUUGGGGCAGUGUCUGAAAUGAUCAGUCCCUCGGAGAAGGGUUCGGCCCGAAAUAAAAAGUCUCCAAGAAGUAGUUUGGGUUCUGAGAUACCCACAGCUUACCAGACUCCCAAGAAGAGUUACCGGAAAUCUCCAAAUGUUUCUAAUACUACACCGAGAAGGCUCCCUCAUACACCACGGACUCCAGAGGAUACUCCAAAAAGAAUGCUUAAGGAUUUAUGCUCUGCAGACUCCCCUGCAGAAACAACACCUGCAAAGCAGGAGUCCUUAAAAGACCCUUCCUCCCAUGGCUAUGGGACACGAUUGAAAUCAAAAGUCACUCCUCAGAAAGGAUCCUCCUUGGCAGGAGAAGGGGGCUCUCCUGUUGAAACAAACAUACCAAAAACUCCCAGCAGGCCAGGUGCUCAGCCGCCUGGAUUUUUGCCAAAUUGUAUAUGGUCACAUUCAGUGAAUUCCAGUCCAGAAAGCCCCUGCUAUCCAGCAUCCCCAGCUCCCUCAAGUGCCCAGCUCAGGAAUGGGUAUCUGACUCCUGUCAGAUAUUCCCUCAGAACACCCUCAAGGGCAGCACCCCUCACGGGCACACCCCAGAAUCAAAAACACCAACAGCCCUAUCUCCUCAGAGUUUCUCAAGCAGACGAGCCAGCACAGACACUAAAGGACAUAGCUGUCAAAACCCCAAAGAGACCAGGGGAUACUUCUUCCCCACCCGUUUCCCCAAAGAAACAGUUUCCCUCUCCGACAGAUGAUGUUUCUAGGAGUCCACUUAGAAAAUCUUUGACAGCAUCGCCUCCCCUUGGAGAACUGGAUUGGAAAGAGCCCCAGAUGUCACCCAGCACAGCCACUUCUCUCUCCUGUCCUAUUCCUUCAACUCCCCACAAAAUCCCACAGAGAGCUACAUCUGGCACCAUCCCACCUCCACCGCCUUCUAAACUUGAGAGACGGUGUAGAAAGACCUCUCAUCCUGAACGAGGCUCCCCAAAAUGCCAGCCUGGCCCCUCUGGGGUUCCUGUGGUCAACACAACCCACAGCCCAGCUGCCAUCACAGGAUCUAGAAAGUGCCAGAAGGAAGGGAGCCUCUCUCCUCAGUCUUCUCCUGAAGGACAGAGUUACCUGGGUCCUGGUCUUGGAACUGACUGGCAUGGAUCUUCUCCUUUGCUUGUUGUAAGUGACACAGAAUACCUCACUCUGCUUGAUAACACCAAACACCGUGGCCAGGAGAACCACCAUGUGAAAAAUAGUGUCUCACCAGGGGAAGAUGGUGAGGGGCUCAGGACAGAGGUUACCAGUGAGAAGCCCUCUGUGUCUGAUCCUGGGGUGCUUCUGCCUCUCCCUUCGUCUGAGCCCAGCUCUCCUGUGGUACUGUCCUCCUCUCUGUGCUGCACCUCAGACAGAAGAUGGUGCCAGGCCACAGCACAACUGGAGAACCUGGAAUCUUCUGUGUGGCAUUCCAAGGACCCUGCCAGCCCUCAGACCUAUGAGGUCGAGCUGGAGAUGCAAGCCUCUGGCCUUCCCAAACUUAGGAUCAAAAAGGUAGAUCCCAGCUCCGUGUUUGAAAUUGAUGCCAUAGGAAAGGAAGAGAGCCCCUUGGGGGAGGAGAGCUCCUUCCCUGAUCUCAGUGUUUCCAGAGGCAGCAGGUCCUCCAACAAACCUGAACCCACCUACAUGUCACCCCCCUGUCUCCGCCCCUCACACAGCACACCUGGCAAAAGCAAGGGACAAACCUACAUCUGCCAGUCCUAUACCCCCACCCGCUGCCCCUCCAGUACUCCCUCUCCAUUUCAAACAGAUGUUGGGGUUCCUUGGACACCAUCCCCCAAGCACAGUGGGAAGACCACACCUGACACAAUUAAAGACUGGCCUCGGAGGAAGAGGGCCGUAGACCACAGCACUGGAACCUUUGCUGGGCGGGGUGAGGCCAGCACAGACCUUCCUGGAGGCUUGUCAUUGCUUGAGCCCGAGGGAAGGGAGCAAGGUCUUGAGCUUAGCCAUCACAAGGCUCCCAUGUUGGAGGAUUUUGAGCUCGAGGGGGUGUGUCAGUUGCCAGACCAGUCACCUCCUAGGGACAGUAUGCCUAAGGUUGAGGAGGUCUUCUCAUGGGGACAGUUUGGGCUGGGCUCCAGGAAGAGACUCUUGUCUGCCAAGGAAGAAGCUGAGUGUGGACCCAAAAGAGUGUGCAGUGCCCUGAGUGAAGAUUCAGAAGCCAGCAAGCACGAAGAGGGGUCUCCAAGUUGGAGCAUGCCACUGUGUCCCUCCACAGGGGACGACGAAGUGUUUGUUUCUGGCUCCACCCCACCUCCUGGCUGUGCUGUGCGAAGCUGCAUCUCGGCCAGUGGUCUGCAGGCUCUGACCCAAUCUCCGCUGCUGUUUCAGGGGAAGAUGCCUUCCUCUCAGAGCAAGGACAUCAGAGAUGAGGAUGUGGAUGUGUUUCCCUCUACUUCCGAAGAAUCUCCAUUCAGACAAGCCUUCUCCAGGAGGCGCCCCUUCAGCAGAACUUACACACGGAAGAAGCUCAUUAGCUAG